CACGCGCACACUCGCCCGCCCGCCCAACAUAUCGUUCGCGCUCUCAAAUAAUGAUUUGGUCGGUUGGUCGUGUAUCGUUUUCAUUGUUGGUUUAGUUGCAGACCAGAGAAUCACGUAUAUAAAUUAACGUGCAAUUCUUUUCGAUCGGCACAGUGCAUUCUAAUCGAUUUGCCUUAUCACUUUAAACAUAUAACGAAGAUGAAAUCGCUCAUUGUUUUAGCUGUCCUAGUCGCUGUCAUUGGGGCCCUUCCAGUCGACCAAGAUCAUGCUGCAAUUAUCUUGAAAUCCGAAAACACAAACAUUGGUGUGGACAAUUGGAAGUGGCUUUCGGAAACGUCAAACGGAAUCGCUCAACAGGAAAGCGGUGAAAUUGUUGACCGUGGCUCGAAACAAGAAGGUAUUGCCGUUCGCGGAUCAUUCACCUACACCGACCCAAUCACAAAACAACAAUUUACCGUAACAUAUGUUGCAGAUAAGAACGGUUUCCAACCAACUGGCUCUCACUUACCUGUUCCACCACAAGCUUAGAUGUUAAUUAAAAUA